AUGGCGUGCAAAAUUUCUCAACCAACUUACUACUCCCUCAUUUUGGUUUUUAUUACUGUUGUUGGGCUAAUCGCUUCCACCAAUCAAGAGCGUUUGAAUGAUAGCGCGCCCACGCCGCCAAGCGACCAGCAUAGCGAAGCGUUUAAUAAUAGCAGCAGCAGCAGCAAAGCCGACGCUGCAGCCACCGCUUCGGCUGCACGCCACACUAGAAAGCUGGUUAAAAGCGUGCCAUACUUUCAGGCGUCUCUACCAAUGCGCGUCUACGAAUGCUUACGGGACUUUAGCAUUUUGCGUUGCACGAAAUUGUUUGUACUGCAGAAAAUGGAGGAACGCAAGAGUUUCAGCCACACAGGCAACUUGACACGCGAUUUUCUCGAUCAAUUCUUCGACUCGGAGGACAGUGUGGGCAGUCUGGUGAAUAACAAAUACUCUGAUAUGUCGGAUGAGAAGCUGAAUCAAUAUUUGGUUUCGAAAUUUCAACGAUUCUUCAAGCAUCGCGAUAUCAAACUGCAUUUCCUGCCGGGGAUUAUGGUAAAAAUUGUGCCGAGCCGUGACAAUAAGUUGAACUUCACGCUGAAGAAGAGCAAAAAAUCAAAGAAACAAGACGUGCAUGCGAGUGGUCGCGCUUCAAACCUUGUUGAGGAAAUCGAUGAAACUCUGGGCAUAGCGGAUGUGACAGAAACCCAAGUCGAUGAGUUUGCGCACACAAAGCAAGGCGAAGCUGGUUUAGGUGGCGCUGGAAAUGCCGUUGGUGGUGGUGGUAUACGCCGCAAGAAUAAAAAGAAUUCCUCCUUCUCCUCCUACAAAAGCACCAUCCUACAAAUGGCCGUGCCGGUAAUGGUUAUGCCAGCUAUUCUGAUGGGUACUGUGCUGCCAUUCCUAUUGCCUAUGCUGAAGAUGGCAACUAUCAUGUCGAUGGUGUUGAAUAAUAGCGCCUUCAUUGCUGCACUAAUUUAUGCAGCUCGUACACAUGCGAAUGCGCAGGAGGAGCAGCAUAUCAGUUAUCCGCCACAGGGAUACUUUUAG